AUGUCGAGGGUUUCCUUUAAGGGUGUGUCCAGGUCCAGGUCCAGGUCUAGUCCAGGUCCAGGUCCAGGUCCAGGUUCUGACCCGGGUUUGUCCUGCAGGUCUCGGGUCUCGUACUUCGCCGUGUUCGACGGUCACGGAGGUUCCCGGGCGUCUCGGUUCGCUGCUGAGAACCUGCACCUGAACCUGGCCCAGAGGUUCCCCACCGGAGACGGGGAUCUGGACCAGCUGAUCAAGAAGUGUCUCCUGGAAACGUUCCGGCAGACGGACGACGACUUCCUGAAGAAAGCGUCCAGCCAGAAGCCGGCCUGGAAGGACGGGUCCACGGCCACCGUGCUGCUGGUGGUGGACGACGUGCUGUACGUGGCCAAUCUGGGCGACAGCAGGGCGGUGCUGUGCCGGACAGCGGGGGGCGACGGGCGGCGGGCGGUGACGCUGGCUCUCAGCAGGGAGCACAACCCGACCAUCUACGAGGAGAGGAUGAGGAUCCAGAGAGCUGGAGGCACCGUCAGGGACGGCCGGGUUCUCGGGGUCCUGGAGGUUUCCCGCUCUCUGGGAGACGGCCAGUACAAACGCAUCGGCGUCAUCUCCACCCCCGACCUGAGGAGGUGCCGGCUCUCGGCCAAUGACAGGUUCAUCCUCCUCGCCUGCGACGGCUUGUUCAAGGUUUUCUCGGCCGACGAGGCCGUGAGGUUCGUGCUGGACGUCCUGCAGGACUCUGACCCGGACUCUGACCCGGGUCCCGGUCCCAGGUCCAGGUCCAGGUCCCCCCAGGACCAGGUCCGGCUGGACGGGGCCUGCCAGCAGCUGGCCGGGGAGGCGGUGAGACGAGGCUGCGCCGACAACGUCACCGUCAUCCUGGUGUGGCUGGGAUGAAGAGCUGCUGCUCUUCCUCAUCUUCCUCUUCCUCCUCUUCCUCCUCCUCAUCAUCCUGGUGUGGGUGGGAUGAAGAGCUGCUGCUCUUCCUCAUCUUCCUCUUCCUCCUUCAUU